UUGGUAAGGGAGCAACCCUGAAAUCCGGGGCACGGCAUGGAGCGAGACGGCCCGCAAUCGCAAUUCGGACAAAAGAGUGGCAGCGAGGUGGGCAGGAGUUGCGGGACUUGGGUUAGGUUUGGGGAAGAUCUCAAGCGGCAGAGCCUGGCCGGGAAACGAGCGUCCCCCGCAUCCUUGCAGCGCACCAGGCCGCGUAUGGUGUGCAAUCCAUCCAACCAGCUCAGCUCUGUCUGCCGUGGAGUACGCCUUGCCUCGGGGACCCUCGAUGCAGCCUGCCCGGGGACGCCACCUCAUUGCUGCCCAAUUUCGCCCAUCUUUUAUGUCCUACCCCAAAAUAACUGACAAGCCGGCAGGCUGGGGCUGAUAGGCCGGAGUGCCCGACAUUGGGUCAUGCUGCUAGAGGGCAGACUUUUGCCGACCUAGUGUUUGCCCUCAAUGUCGGACGUGAACAAGUACACCGUUGGCUGGAUCGCGGCCGUCACGGCCGAAUACGUCGCCGCCCAGGAAUUUCUCGACGAGCAGCACGACAUGCCCGAGAGCGUCGGCCGAAAUGACAACAACGCCUACACAUUGGGCAGGAUGGGCCACCACAACGUCGUCAUAGCCCAAUUGCCUGAUGGAGAGUACGGGACGAUAACGUCGGCCACGGUCGCGAGGGACAUGAUUCGAACCUUUCCCAACAUCCGCAUCGGCCUGAUGGUCGGCAUCGGCGGCGGUGCCCCGAGUCGAGAGCACAAGAUACGCCUCGGGGACGUCGUCGUCAGCAGUCCAAGGGGAGACAAGCCCGGCGUCUUCCCGUACGACCACGGAAAAAGGAUCCAAGACCAGGACUUCAUUCAUACGGGGGUCCUCGACAAGCCACCCCAGUUGGUGCGGACGGCAGUCAACCAGCUCAUAGCGCAACACCAGCGCAAAGGGCAUCAGCUACUGGCCGAAAUCGAGCGUGUGCUUGAGCGGAACGAGCGCCUUCGAAACGACUAUUCUCGGCCGCCUGCCUCGAGCGACAGGCUGUAUCGCUCCGACAUCGUGCAUGGUGCUCGUGUCGCCGCGACGAUCCGCCCUUGGCCGCUGCUGUUGGUAGCGGCAUUACUGCUUGCGCCGACAUUGCUGCUGCCCCAGAUACUGCUCCUACCCGCCAGAGGUCGGAUUUUGGUGGCUUCGGCGGUUACGGUGGCGGCGCUGUCACUGGUGGCCCGCGAGCGGCGCCGCCAGGGUCUGCCAGCCCAUGAUUCUCUCGAUGAGGAUGAGUGCAGCAACAUCUGCGGUAGCGACCCGCGGCACUUCGCCACCCCACCAAGACGCGACGGAGACGACAAGGAUCCGGCGAUGCACUACGGUCUGAUUGCCAGCAGCAACCAGCUAAUGAAGGACGCCGUUAUGAGGGACGAGCUCGCCUCAAAGCAUGGCAUUCUCUGCUUCGAGAUGGAGGCCGCAGGCCUGAUGAAUCAUUUCCCCUGCCUGGUAAUUAGGGGCAUCUGUGACUAUUCGGAUUCGCACAAGAACAAGAAGUGGCAGGGUUUUGCAGCUAUGAUGGCGGCAGCCUACGCAAAGGAUCUCCUAAAGCAGAUUGUGCCCAGCCAGGUUUCGGCGGAGAAGAGGAUCAAAGAGGUGCUUGACGCAGUUGGACAGAAGCUAGACCGCAUACGAGAAGUCUCGCAGGCAACAAAUGACAAAGUCGACCACCUCAACUUCGACGCCCAAAUUACGAAAAUGGAGAAAUGGCUAGCUCCCGCGGAUGUGUCCACAAAUGCCAACCGUGCAGCUGAGCUCCGCCACCCUGGAACCGGCGAAUGGCUUCUCAAAUCAUCAAUAUUUCGGGAAUGGUGUUCCGGGCCACGACGAUAUCUGUGGCUGCAUGGUCUUGCUGGAUGCGGCAAAACGGUUCUUAGCGCCACAGUUCUCGACCAACUUGCCACCGUCGACGGCCGUCCCAUCCUUAAAUUCUUUUUCGAUUUUAUGGAUGAAGCAAAGCAAACGUUCGACAGCAUGUUACGAGCACUGGUGUUUCAGGCAUACCAGUGGCAACUUGCGUCCUAUCAACAUCCCGAGGGCGCACCACCAGAGUCCAGCGACAAGCCAACGGCAAAGACCCUUAUAGAGAGGCUCUGUAAGAUGCUUGCAGCUCAGCCAGAGGUCUUUAUCGUUCUGGAUGCCCUUGACGAGUCGACAACGAGGCCACGACUUGUGGCGUGGAUUGAGGAGAUGUUAAACAAGUCAGAGCUGCAGCACGUCCGUCUGAUAUUCACUAGUCGGCCAGAAUCCGACUUUGACCAGAUUUACUCCUUGAUUGGCAAAGAAAACUGCCUACCACUCGACAAGGAGGGCGUCAACGCCGACAUCUGCGCAUAUGUCAAAUCGACGCUCGAAAACAAUUCUCGUUUUGUGGGCAAAAGGCUGCCCGAAGAUAUUAAAAAGAAGAUUCAGGAUCGCGUUGGAAACGGAGCAGAGGGCAUAUGGGCAUUUUGCCAGCUGGAAACCCUUUCCAUUUGUGCCAAUAUCUGGGAGGUGAAAGACGCUCUGGAAAAAUUACCACGCAAUCUCGAGGAAACGUAUGAACGGAUAAUUGACAGCAUCCCAAACGAGCGCAAAAAGGAUGCCACGCGUUUACUGCAAUUUCUCGUCUACUGCGAUCGGCCUUUAAAACUGGGAGAAGCUAGUGACGUUAUAGCUACACAGACCGACAUGGAACCCCUAGGCUUCAACCAUGAGCGAAGACCAUUCGACGAAGCUAUCACCGAACAUUGCCCCGGCAUGGUUGCACUUGUUUCUACGAAAGGUUCAACCGCAACUCCAGAACUGCACCUUGCUCACUUCUCCGUCAAGGAGUUCCUUCUCAAGCAACCCUCAUUCGAAAUUACAACUGCGAGCAUCUCUAUUACAAAAACGUGCUUAAGUUAUCUAAGGGACAUUGGCGAUACUCACCGCGAAAUUAAAAAAAGCUUUCCGCUGGCACGACGCGCAGCGGAAAUGUGGAUGCCGCAUGCUGUUAAAGCUGAAGUUUCAAAAGAUAUUGUUCGAAUGUCGGUGGAAUUUCUACAAGAUGGCAAAACCUUUCGCCUCUGGGGUCAACUAUACCAACCUGAUCGAGGCUGGGAUGAAUCUCCAGGAGCUCCAACGGGAUCGAGGCUUUACUAUACUUGCCUCGGUGGAUUUAAACAGGCGGCUAUAUGUUUGCUGGACAAAGGCGCCGACGUUAACGCGCAUGGUGGCGAAUUUGGCAACGCACUGCAAGCUGCCUCAUUAAGAGGCCAUACGGAAACCGUCCGGCUGCUGCUGGAUAGAGGCGCCGACGUUAACGCAUGGGGUGGCCAUUACGGUAACGCACUGCAAGCCGUCUCAUGGGGAGGCCAUACGGAAACCGCCCGGCUGCUGCUGGAUAGAGGCGCCUACGUUGACGCGCGAGGCGCUAACGUUAACGCGCGGGGCGCCGGUUACGGAAGCAACGCGCUGAAAGCCGCUUCGUCGAGAGGCCAUACGGAAACCGUUCGGCUGCUGCUGGACAAGGGCGCCGACGUUAGCACGCAGGCCGAUUAUCACGGUACCGCGCUGCAAGCCGCCUUAUCGAAAGGCCAUACGGAAACCGCCCGGCUGCUGCUGGAUAAAGGCACAGUGCCUGUCCAGCCUUAA